UGCUGUCUUAAUGUACAUUGAACUGGGAGAUCAGAGGACUGUUAUCCUUCCAGUUAAUAAGUGAUUGACUGACUCAGCAUGAAGACUGUUUUGCAUCGAGAGCAUAUGUAACAACAAAAAGAAGAAACUUUUUUUUAAAAAGGAAGAUUUUUGUUUCUUUUUUCUGCUGAUUAAUUUCAACUGAGUCAGGAAACCUGAAAGGGACAAGACAUACAACGCUUCUAAUUACAGGAUUCCUGCAUUGGCAACCACCUGCUGAAGUCAGUUUUAUCUGUACUCAAGAGAUUUGACUUCAGGUCUUUGCACAGACACUUUUAGGUGCAAGGCUGAAAAAGAAGAGGACAUAGAAAAAAAGAGCUUCCUUUUCACAGUUUAACCAUUUAUUGGAAUUUAAGAAAGAAAGCAUAUGGAUGUCAUGUGGCAGGGGAUGACAGAUGAGGCGUGGAAUUUCUUAGAGAAAUGUUGUUAAAUUUCCCAUCUGCCAUAUUCAUUUUCUUCAGAAGUGUUACUUUCUAUACAUAGCAAUUUUACAGGAAGUCCAAGUCAGCUUAUUUUCCUUAAUCGUUGGGAGUUUAAGCAGCUGCGCAAACUGUUCGUUCAUUAGUUUAUCCUAUGAAGGCGCGUGUGGUUUGCACUGACACAAGUCGUAGAUGAUUUCUAACCUAUAACUCUGGUCUUGUCUCCGAUGUUUCAGAUGACUGUUUGGAAAGCUCUCUUCCUCCUUUUUUGUAUACUGGACUGCAUGGAGCAAUCCGCCUCAUUACCAGUUGCUCAGACUAAUUCCCUGUAUCUUAAUUGCUUCAAGCACACAAGGUCCACUCGAACUCGUGUGCAACAGCUGCUAGGGAAAUAUAAGGAGCAGCAGCUGGGAGACGGGCAGUUUGAGGACAGAAGCCGACACUUGAAGGACCUGCCCUCACUUUCCACAGAAUUCUAUCGGUGGAUUAAUCUGACGGAGUGGGAACGACUGCAUGCCGCUUUCUGGGACAUGCAAACCUACUGGAAUAUGCUGGAGUGGAAGAGAAUACAGCUGGAGAACGAGGAGAAAGAUCAGAAGAUGGUGCAGGAUGCUCGGACAACUCUAACUCAGAACAUCAGACACAUUCAGCUGGACUUGCGGGACCUGAUUAGCCAAGUUAGCACUCAGAUGAGCUCUUUGAGAAGCUCUUGGAAAAGGCCAGCAGCUGCUAUGGCAAAAACACCCCUGAACCCAGCAAGCAGGUCCAGGACAGUAUGGGACAGCCGAGUGGAAGGUUACAUCAUCCUGAGGGAUCUGGACCUUUACCUCACCAAGCUGGCAAGAGACUUUCUUUUACUGGCUACGAAAAUACAGUUAUGACUC